GUUGGACUCAGCAGCCCGGUGCGCACCGCGUGGCUUUUGGGGCGAGACCCCGGCGGGAUCUGGCAGGAGGGCGGCAGCUGCGGUCGGAGAACGGGACGCGGACAAGAUAGUUGAAGUAUUGAUAACACCAAGGAAAUCUGUCACAAUUUGAAAAGAUAAGGAAAAAUUUGAUUUCCAGACACUACAGGAAAAGAAGUAAAAAUGCGUCCAGUGAGAAUUUUUGUGAAUGAUGAUCGCCAUGUGAUGGCAAAGCAUUCUUCUGUUUAUCCGACACAAAAGGAGCUGGAGGCAGUUCAGAACAUGGUGUCCCACACGGAGCGGGCUCUCAAGGCUGUGUCCGACUGGAUCGAUGAGCAGGAGAAAGGUAGUGGCGAUCACGCCGAGUCUGAGAAUGUGGAUGUGCCCCCAGAGGACGAGACCAAAGAAGGGGCCGGGGAGCAGAAGGCAGAGCAUGUGACUAGAACCCUGAGGGGCAUGAUGCGUGUUGGCCUCGUGGCAAAGGGCCUGCUGCUCAAGGGGGACCUGGACCUGGAGCUGGUGCUGCUGUGUAAGGAGAAGCCCACGACCGCCCUCCUGGACAAGGUGGCUGACAACCUGGCCAUCCAGCUCGCUGCUGUUACAGAUGACAAGUACGAAAUACUCCAAUCUGUCGACGAUGCCGCGAUUGUGAUAAAAAACACAAAAGAGCCUCCAUUGUCCCUGACCAUCCACCUGACAUCCCCUGUUGUCAGAGAAGAAAUGGAGAAAGUAUUAGCUGGAGAAACGCUAUCAGUCAACGAUCCCCCGGACGUUCUGGACAGGCAGAAAUGCCUUGCUGCCUUGGCGUCCCUCCGACACGCCAAGUGGUUCCAGGCCAGAGCCAAUGGGCUGAAGUCGUGUGUCAUUGUCAUCCGGGUCCUGAGGGACCUGUGCACCCGCAUUCCCACCUGGGGUCCCCUCAGAGGAUGGCCCCUCGAGCUUCUCUGUGAGAAGUCCAUCGGCACAGCCAACAGACCAAUGGGUGCUGGCGAGGCCCUGCGGAGAGUGCUGGAGUGCCUGGCUUCAGGCAUCGUGAUGCCAGAUGGUUCUGGCAUUUAUGACCCUUGUGAAAAAGAAGCCACUGAUGCUAUUGGACAUCUAGACAGACAGCAACGGGAAGAUAUCACACAGAGUGCGCAGCAUGCUCUGCGACUUGCUGCGUUUGGCCAGCUCCAUAAGGUCCUGGGUAUGGACCCCUUGCCUUCGAAGAUGCCCAAGAAACCAAAGAAUGAAAACCCAGUGGACUACACAGUGCAAAUACCCCCCAGUACCACCUACGCCAUUACGCCCAUGAAACGCCCAAUGGAGGAAGAUGGGGAGGAAAAGUCUCCCAGCAAAAAGAAGAAGAAGAUUCAGAAGAAAGAGGAGAAAGCAGAGCCUCCCCAAGCGAUGAAUGCCCUGAUGAGACUGAACCAGCUCAAGCCAGGGCUGCAGUACAAACUGGUUUCCCAGACCGGUCCAGUUCACGCCCCCAUCUUCACCAUGUCUGUGGAGGUAGACGGCAACUCAUUCGAGGCUUCUGGGCCCUCCAAAAAGACUGCCAAGUUGCACGUGGCCGUUAAGGUGUUACAGGACAUGGGCUUGCCCACGGGUGCCGAAGGCAGAGACUCCAGCAAGGGGGAAGACUCAGCUGAGGAGACAGAGGCGAAGCCAGCCGUGGUGGCCCCUCCACCUGUGGUGGAAGCUGUCUCGACCCCCAGCGCUGCCUUCCCCUCAGAUCCCACUGCCGAGAACGUAAAACAGCAGGGGCCGAUCCUGACCAAGCAUGGCAAGAACCCUGUUAUGGAACUUAAUGAGAAGAGGCGUGGCCUCAAGUAUGAGCUCAUCUCAGAGACAGGGGGCAGCCACGACAAGCGCUUCGUCAUGGAGGUCGAGGUGGACGGACAGAAGUUUCAAGGCGCUGGCUCAAACAAAAAGGUGGCCAAAGCAUAUGCCGCCCUUGCUGCGCUAGAAAAGCUGUUCCCCGACGCCCCUCUAGCCCUUGAGGCCAACAAGAAGAAGAGAGCCCCCGUGCCUGUGAGAGGUGGACCGAAAUUUUCUGCUAAGCCACAUAACCCUGGGUUCGGCAUGGGGGGUCCCAUGCACAACGAAGUGCCCCCGCCCCCCAAUCUCCGAGGACGGGGAAGAGGAGGGAACAUCCGAGGUCGAGGUCGAGGGAGAGGCUUUGGUGGCGCCAACCAUGGAGCUACAUGAAUGCUGGCGCCGGGUAUGGCAGCUACGGGUAUGGAGGCAACUCGGCGACCGCCGGCUACA